GAUUGGUCUUGUCAAAAAUUUGGUGGGAAAUUGUUGUAAUCUGUGUUGUAAACAAAAAUUGUGCCUUUUUUGAUAGAACAGUAUAAAUUUGCUAAAAUGGCAGAAAAACUAGAAGAUUUAAACCUUCCCAACAUGUCUGUGCAGAAGAUAAUUAAGGAAGCGAUUCCGGAGAAUGUAAAUAUCGGUAAAGAUGCCCGGUCUGCUUUAUCAAGAGCUGCAUCGGUUUUCAUUCUUUACGUUACUUCUCAAGCAUCAAAGGAGGCGCAAAAAGCGAAUCGAAAAACUCUUAUUGGUCAGGAUGUAAUUGCUGCACUUGAAGAGCUCGAAUUUGAGGAUUUCAUAGAUCCUCUUCAAGAUUUGCUAAAAGAAUUUAAGGAUAGCAAAAAAAAGACUCCCAGCAAAACCAAAAAACAAAAUGAUGAGACUGAAGAAACAGAGACUGCUGAAAAUGAAGAUGAGGGUGUUGAUGAGCCUAUGGAGGAAGAACAAGAAUAAAAAGUAUUCAUGUCCUGAAAAUAGAAAUAUUUUGUCUAUGUAAAUAAAAGGAUAGUGUAAUUUUAAUAUUCUAUUUUCAAGGAACAUGUUAAAUUAUUUUGUAUUGUUUUGUUAAUGUUGAACUGUUAAAUUAUAAAGAUUGGGGGUCUGAGACCUUCAAGAUUAGUAUUUAUCUGGUUUUUAUGAUAAUGUAAGAGCUCCAAAAUAUUUCUUAUAUGUUUUAAAAACAUAUUUGAAAAACAAAAAUCUUGUUCUAUUGUUAAUGAGAGGUAUAAGUUUUAAAUAAAACCACUUUGUAAAUA